AUAAAAAGCUAAACCAACUGUGUACUAUUAUAAUAAUAAGAGUCCUUCGUUUCCUACAUAAACUGGGAAAAUAAUCUGUUCUCUAUAGACAGAUUAGGAACUUGGUUAGUUUUGUAUUAUAAAAAUUAAGGGCAUUGGAAAAUCAGUGGGACAUUAAGUAAUAUAUAAAGUGUUAGAGUCAAUCCACUAAUUGCCAAUUGGUUUUGAGUUGGAAACCCGUGAUAAACCUGAAUCUAACAAUAAAUCUGAACAUAUUAUUCACUUCUAUCAUGGUGUAAUUCUAGAGAGUAUCAAAGGAAGAUGGUAAACACACAAAGCACUCCUCCUUCAUCUCUAACAACACGACGCCUUAUGACCUUAUCGAUCUCUUUUCCCGGUAAAGUUGGAGGAGAUGUAACAUUCAUGGUUUCUUCUGCUACAAGUGAGUAGACUUUAAUCUUGUAUUUAUUUAUUUCAAUUGAUUCAUUAACAUCACGUUAUUAUGUUAUUCUAAUAACAUGAUGAGUCUUUUGAAGCUUUAUAAAACGAAUCUAAGAGAUUAUAAAAUCUUCAUUCAUAUAAUUAACAUACAAACCUUAAAAUGUAUAUAUUUGACUCAAUCGAAUUUCUUUUUUUUUUGUUUAUAGAGUUUAAUUCACGUUUGUUAACAAAAUAUUACUAUGCACAUUAUUGUUGGACCAAUAUUCUAUUGGUUAUGUGUGAAAACGAAAUGGGCCAUUGGGCCAAUCAUCUAAUAAGCCUUUGAGGCAUGAUGAUUAAUGAAGGAAGUAGAGAAAGUCCCACAUCGGGGAGAACUGGAAGAGAUGAGGAGUAUAUAUAUGUACUCACUCUAACUCUUGUUCAAAUGGCGCACAUGAGAGGAUAGGCUCGCCCCCCACGCGCGCGCCGCCGCCGCCGUCCGGCCGGCUCGGCGUGGGCGUGGGUGUCGGGCCAUAAGAAUUAUUCUUUUUGGACCAAGUUAAGCUCAACGCUUUGCCAUUUUAUUUCUAAAAAACAGCAUGACAUUUGUGUAAGACGAAGUUUAUCUGUUCGAAAUGGAUCAGAACGAGAUAAGAGAGAGUCUUGAGGAAGAAGUUUCGGAACUCAACUUCCCUCGAUCUCCGCGAGAUUCUCGCCCACGUGCAGCAGCUGUUGCGGAAAGUGGGUCUUCUCCGGCUCUUUAAAUAUCGUCUCUCCUCUUCCUUCAUUUCUAAAUUUUUUCGAAAUCAAAAUCCAACAGCAAAAAUCCCUCUGCGUAAGUCUAUAUUGCGAGAGUGUUUCGUAGAGUUUAUAGUUCGAUAGGGCGAUCACGAGUGAGGCGUGAUUCGUCUGCCAUGGUUGUAUCCUGGAACUCUAUAUUCGUACAGUCCCGUCUUACUAACGGAGCGAAUAUUUUGAGUUAAGGAAAGAGAUCAUAUCUCGACUCCAUGUCUCUUAGCGAAUAUGAUUUCUUAUCGUUCUUGUAUUCGUUUUUUAUAUUCGUUUAAUUUCCUUAACAUCGCUUUUAUUUUAUCGUUUUUGCCAGUCCGGUUUGCCGGCUUCUACAAUUAUUGCAGACUUGCAGUGUCUUCUAUGGAGUUUAUUUUUUAGCUUCUUUUGUUUUACAUCUCGACCUUUCUAAAAGUUUGUUUUACAUUCAGUUACACGACAAGUUCGUUUAUGAAAUCUCCAUGAACCGGAGUGGUUUUCUAUAAACCGAACAAUAUUAAAACAUUAAUAAAACUCAAGAUUGCGAACCGGAAUUGAACGCUAAACCGAAAGUGUUGCCUACUAUAUAAAGUACACGAGAAGAUAGAGAGAGGGAGAAUCUGUUAUUAGCAUCUUUACGCUUUCGAGAUACGUAACUACGAAGAGGAUGAUGAUGUUUCUGCAGCUUCUUACUCCGAUCCUGUUGCUCCCUCUCUUGAUCCCGUCUUCCUCUGGUGAAGCAGUUAACUCAAGUGAGAACGCACUACAUCUAAACCUUUGUAAUGCGUUCCAUGGCAACACUUGUUGCUCUUCUUCGUUAGCUCUCCAGAACCUAGCUACUCACGGAGAAGCUUCUAAAGAUUGCUUGUACUUGUUUGAGCUUUUGGAAUGUUCAAUCUGUCAUCCAGAUGUUGGGGGUCCUCUUCGCAUUUGUGCCUCGUUCUGUGACAGUGUCUUUAAGGCUUGCUCUGAUGCUUACUUUAGUACUAGUGAUUCCACUAAUCAGGUUAUAGUACCGUGUGGAGCAAGAAAUGGUACCUACAUCUGUGAGAAAGCUUCAAAGUUGGAGACUAACGGCACAUCAUUCUGUGAAGCAGUGGGGUUCUCUGUUCAAGCAGGUGAUGAUUCUGUAGAAGUGCCUUGUUACGGAAGCAAGAGAGUUUUGGUGACAGUGGUGGAGUCAUUUAAAAAGACUGUGCGGCUUCAAGAUGUUAAGAACAAGGUGGUGAUGAUUAAUCUGCAGAUGUGUUGGAGUGCAUCAGUUCUUGCACUAACAAUAACGCUCGUGAACAUGUUGGUUUACCAGCAGGAGAGGGAUGAGAGAAGAUUGAGAAGAAGGAAUAGGAAUAGGAAUAGGAAUAGAAGAAGAUUCUAA